UCCAGGUAGCACGUUGACUCGCAGAGCUACAACGGCUGCUAAUCGUUCCGGUAAAGUACAUUUUCAGAGUGUCGGAUCAGUGUAAAUGUAGCUGAGAUGUAUUUUGGGUGUCUCGUUUGUAACUGCUGUAGCUUCCGCGUCCACCAGCCUCGAGUCAGUUCGGUGGCACAGGGGCGGAUGAACCUGCUGCACUGUGACCGGAGGAGCGCUUUCACUUUCCACAGCGGCUCGGCUCCAUUACAGAUCAUAUGACACAUUGUUUUUGUGCCUGUCAGUUUGCAGAAUAUCAGUCCACCUCCUGUCUUGUCUUGACAAAACUGUAAUGGGACUUUUAACCAACAAAAGUAGUCCAGGGACUUCAUAGCGCCCCAUAAUUGAAACAAAACUCUUCAGAACAGGGGUUUUCAAAGUGUGUCUGUGAAGGUUCUCAGUCAUCCAGGUCAUGGUAAACUGUGGGUGGUAAAAGAGAGCAACUGGACUUGCUUGAAGAUUCGUGAAGAUGUUUCACCUCUCAUCCGAAAGGCUUCUUCAGUUCUGUCUGACUAAUAGGGAGCAUCAGGUGAAGGAUGUCAUAACACACUUUCAUGGCUCUGAAAGUGGUGCGGAGGCUGCACAUGCUGAGGCAAGUGACUCUUUCCCAUCUGCACUCUCCCACUACUCUGAAUGUGUGUGCCAGACAACAUGUGUGGGCUCCUGGUAUUCUCACCUUGUUUCAAGGCUGCUGUCAUUCUCUCUCUGGGAAAGAGGGAAACGUGAGAAAAAGGCAAUUGUGCAUCACGACCCGUGAGCCUCUCUUUCUCGUAGCCGGAUCUAUCCGUCUUCCCCGUGACCCCUCUACAGGAGGAGCUCUCAAAUCUCUGUUGCAUGGCCUGAGCUCUGAUGAGGAACGUGCCUUUAAAGAGCGCCUUUACUCCUACAUGACUUCUCAGCAAGUGCUGCACCUUGUGCACUCCACGCGACAUCUCUCAAAUGCAGGUGCUGUUGCUGUUCUCCACCGACUGGCUGAUCUGGAACAGGACGGAGCCAGAGGACUUAGGGAGCCAGAGGUGCUGCUGUCUGAUCCGACUUUAAACAAGAUGUGUCUGAGAUUACAAGAAGCUGCUGGUGAGCUAGAAGAUGAGUUGGUGGUAAGAGCUCUGCUGGGCUGUACGCGCCUCUAUCUAGACCCACAGAGUUGCUUGGUGAUGAGAUUGAUGUCCGAGAGCCAGGUACGGCUAAACGCAGGCCGCUUGAGCAUUGAGAUUCUGUGCGAGUUAGUGCAAGCGCUUUUCACAGUAGACGGGCCUGACUGUGGUAACCUAGAGGAGGCUAUGCGGCAGAUCCAGAACAAAGAUCCAGCUCAUUGGAGUCCAAGUGAGCUGGUCUCUGUCUAUAAAAUGCUAGCUGCAGGGUUGGGUGAGGGUGGACGUUACCAGGAAUUGCUGAAUGAAAUGAACACUCGAGCCCUCAGACUUGCCUCAAGAAUGGAUCCUGUAACAGUCAGCGAAACAUUAGGAGCUCUUAUGAUGCUGGGCCAAACACAGGCACUCCCACUGGUGAUUGCUUUGUGCAAACAGGCUGUGCGUCAUGUGCCAAACUUUGCAGAUACAGAACUGUCGACUGUAUUGUCUGCGCUUAUGCACUAUGGACACAGUGAUCACUUUCUCAUUGAAGCUCUGGAACGCCACGUACCCAAAAUAGCCUUUACGGCUCAUCCUGAGACAGUAACAAGAGUAAUGCAAUAUUUUGGGCGCCGCCGAAUUUUUUCUCCUCCUGUUUUUGACGCGGUGGCUGAAAGCUUUGUGUACAGAGCAGAUGAGUACACCACGGAACAGGUAUCUCAGCAGAUAGUGGCACUGGGAGUAGUGGGAUAUGUACCUCAGGAGGCUGGUCAACUUUUCCGGAAGGUGGAGUCUGUCCUGAAUGCACGUUUUUCGCACUUCCAGCCUCGAUCUCUGCUUGAGUUGCUACAUGCUUGUACUCUUCUACAGAGAUUUCCACUCAACUUUGUCUCAAAGGUCUUCAGCCCAUUCUUCCUACAGCAACUUCAGGAGGGCAGUGUAAUGGAUCAGGGGGUACUGGCUCAGCUUACACAGCUCUACAUGACAAUGAAACUGGAAUGUCCGUUCUAUCGGGGUCCACAGUUUUUACCCAAGCUGCGAGUAAAGUCAUUUCUGUUUCCUGGAUGUUCUUUGGAGAGUCCGGUGGAUCCUCAUCUCUAUAAUGGGGUGAAGAAUGGAUUAGUGAAUUUGCUGGGGGCUCGAACUUACUUUGCCUCCAGGGUCUUUACACCAUACUGUUACACACUUGAUGUGGAGAUAAAACUAGAUGAAGAUGGCUGUGUCUUACCUGCCAGUCAUGUUGAGGAAGUAUAUAAAAGAAUUGCUGUUUGUAUUGACGGGCCCAAGCGCUUUGCUGCUAAUGCCAGACACCUUCUGGGAAAGGAGGCCAUCAAGCAGCGACAUCUAAAGAUUCUGGGAUAUGAAGUUGUUCGGAUUCCCUAUUACGAGUUUGAAAACCUGAAGGACAAGGUAAACACAGUCGAGUACCUGCACAAGAAGAUUUUCCCUCACACAUACCGACUCAGCUGGUGAUCACUUGUUUUCUACGUGCAGCAGGUUUCACAUCAGCGUCACUCCCUCUAAUAUAUGCAGCAUUCUGUGAUACUACUCACAAAAUAGCCUCUGUUCACUAUCUUCUAAAUGUAUUUGACAGAGAAACAGAUAGGCCAGCAUUACACAUUGAGGAACAUAAUGCCUUAUACUGCUGUUCAUUUUUAAAUGAUGCCCUAGUUUAUAGUCUCAUGUAUUUUUUUUUAACUUGAAUGACAAGUACUGUAUAAAAUUAUUUGUUCAAAUAAAGGAAAACGACCAAUGCUUUUAAAAAUGUCAUUUAUCAAAUUGGGAAUGUUAAUUUCACACAGACUUGUGGAAUUAUUUGCUUCAAUGACAUUUAAUUCCUUUAAAAGAACAGUAAAUGGCCCGUUUCAGGUAAUCAAAUAUGCAUUGGCUGGUCAUCCUCAGAUUGUACAGCUCUGUUCAUGAUGAAGAAAACGCAGCACCUUUUCAAGGCAAUCCAAGCUUGUACCCACAUUGUCAAAUAUAGAAUAAUUUAUUUGUUGAAAGAUGGCAACCCAUUGUUGCUGUACAAAGUCAAUGAGGUACUUUCUUAGAAACAAAAUACAAAGAACUGUAUAUGAUAAUUAAAGGUAAAUCAAGUUAUUGUAACUACAGACCUUAAUGAUUAUUCCUGACAUUUAGUUAGUGACUACAUUCCUUAUGAAACAAGAAAAUAAGCAGGGUGAUAGAUAAAGAUUGGCUGUGUUUGCAAUUAUGAAUACUUCGUCUUUAACCCCAGAGCACUUGAUCUUAUAUGAAUGUUUCUUAAAAAAAUUGUAAAUGCAAGAAUCAGAGUCUUUUUACAUGUCCGAUGCAUAAGUUUAAGGGAGAUAAGAGGUUCUUCGUUUUGUUUUUUAUGAUGCUGGAAUCUGAGGAAGUCCAAAUUCAUCAACCAGAACACCAUCCUGUGUCAGGGGAAAAAUGAAUACAUGUCAAAUUGAUUCAACUGAUUUUCUUGGCAAGGUAAAUUAAAAGUAAUGAACAUCAAA